CUAAAUCCCUAAAAUAUAUUUGUUAUUUUUAUUGCGCUCCCGAAGACCUAGAGCAGUCUCAUCUUCUCCAUGGACGGAUCCGCCAUGAAAGAUGAUAUGGAAUUGAACGAUCUUCGAAAAAGCAGUAGCAUGAUAAGCAGGAUUUACGUUGAGGGAUACGACACGUGGCUCUCUGGCGAUGAUGUCGUUGCCGCUUUGAGAGAACAUUUCGCUUCAUGUGGAGAGGUGAUACAUGUUUUUCUUCCCGGAUACGUUAGAUUGAAAACCCGUCGUCCCCGUCGUCUCAACAGAUUUGCCUUGAUGUAUAUUCGGGGAGAUGGUGCAGAAGAGAAGGCGUUGAAACUUAGUGGAAAGUACAUGGGAGGGCACAAGGUUGUCACUAAGGCUUACCCGUUUCACGCCAAACACCUUGACCAUAUGUUUGAUCGGACGAGAGACGUAGACGGUGGGCUAGGGCGCAGUAUGUUAGUUACGGGGUAUGACACUUCGCUUUGUGAGAGUGAUGCCACGAGAACGCUGAUUCGACAUUUCUCUAAAUGUGGAUUAGUCCGGACGGCUCAUGUUCAAAAAAAAAGGAAAGGUGUUCUCGAGAGCGAAGCUCUAGUUACUCUUCACGGACAAUACGCAAUAGAGAAGGCGCUGCAACUUGGUGGAUGUGAUGAGAAAGGAUUUGAGAAUGUUGAAGUUUCUCGGGUUUUCCUUCCAGACCCACCAGGACCCGGCAAUAACACGGCUGGCUUUAACUCCAACGGUCCCUACAAGCGAAUGAAGCGUGAAGAAGAAUAAGCUUAAUGAUGCAGCGCAUCCUCAACAAUGAUGGGCUUUUCGUUAAGCUCAUUAAAGACUUUUCCUUGUUAUGCAAGUUUCGUCUAUUUAGGCUUUUGUUUUGGUUUUCUUUUAAUUUUAAGAUAACUACAACUUAUUUAUCUUUGGCUUUGUAAAUAAGAGAUUAGGAUUAGAAAGAUACAAGCAUAUCUUGUUUUUUUAGUAUAAAUAAGAGAUCAUGUUUUUUUAGUAUAAAUAAGGGAUCUUUGGCUUUGUAAAGAUCAUCCUUGAAUUUGAACUUUUUGAGAAAUCUAACUGUUACAGGAAAUUACAAUUGUCAGUUGAUGUUUUUUGUUUUUCCAACAUAUAUCAGUUGGUUUUGUGUAGG